AUGGAGUGGGUUCGAGGAGAUGAACUGGGUCGUGGAAAUUUUGGGACGAUCAGUUUAGCAAUUCUCACAAAGGGCUUCGAUCAGUUUCCGCCAUUAAUGGCGGUGAAAUCCUCUGUUUCUGUUUCGGUGUCCUCUGUUUCGCUGAAGAACGAGAAGAAGGUUUUGGAUCGAAUUGGGAAUUGCCCACAAAUCGUUACUUGUUUUGGCGAUGGAUUUAGUGUUGAAAGAGAUGGGGAGAAGUAUUAUAAUCUGUUCUUGGAGUAUGCCAAUGGCGGAAGCCUUGCGGAUACUGUGAAACUCCACGGCGGUGGGUUGCUGGAAUUUGAUGUUCGACGGUAUACGAGGGCGAUUCUUUGUGGGCUUCGGCAUGUUCAUGGUAAUGGGUUUGUUCAUUGCGAUUUGAAGCUUUCCAAUGUGUUGGUUUUUGGGAAUGGUGAGGUUAAGAUCGCUGAUUUUGGGCUUGCGAAAGAGGCCGCGGCGGCGGAAACAGAGGAAACAGAGGAGAAAUUUGAGUGGAGAGGGACGCCGAUGUAUAUGUCGCCAGAGACGGUAAACGGCGGGAAGUAUGCGCCGCCGUGUGAUGUUUGGGCGUUGGGUUGCGCCGUCGUGGAGAUGGUGGGAGGAAAGCCGGCGUGGAGGGUUAAGCCAGAAACGGAUAUAUUUGGGCUGAUGAUGAUGAUCGGAGUCGGAGACGAAGUGCCGGAGCUGCCAGAGAAUUUAUCGGAAGAGGGGAAAGAUUUUCUCCGUCGGUGUUUCGUCAAGGAUCCGAGGAAGAGAUGGACGGCGGAGAUGCUUCUGAAUCACCCAUUUGUGGCCGGUGCCGGUGAGACUGUUACAUUAAAAGAAUCGAACUUAACAACCGAGUCGCCGACGGGUCCUUUCGACUUCCCGGAAUUCAUUUGUUCUUCAAAUCAACGUUGUGAGGAGAUGAGUUUGUGUUGUUCUAGUUCGACGGCGGAGAUGAUGAAUAGACUCCGACGGGUAGUGACGGAGAAGCCAUUGGAUUGGUCUUUUACAGAAAGUUGGGUGACAGUGAGGUGAUGGAGAGAAUUUUUAUU